AUGUCGCUCUUCAGCUCAUCCGCAUCUGCGGUCAGCAAUUUCACCGAAACCUUUGCUACCGACGACAGCGACUGGCUCGAUGGAGCUUCUGGAACCCCCGACUACUUUCCCGAGUACAUUUCCUACGCUCCUGCCCCCUUCAAUUCAGGUGCCGGUGGGUUUGGAGAUCCUCUACAGAUCCUGUUCCGUGGUAACGCCGGCAACAACGCUAGUGGUGGAGCCUUUGUUGGUGACUGGCUGGCCGAUCAAGUUACGUCGCUGAGCGUCGACGUGCGGCAUAACUACACCACCGACCUGAAUCUUUACGCUCGAUUCAAUCGCGGAUUCGGGCAAGCUGCCAGCCUGGCCAACAUCACCGACUUCGCGAUUGCUCCCAACACCUGGACUACAAUCGAGAUCCCCAUCACCGACAGCAACCCUCCCUUCGUCUCGUAUGGAGCCGGAAACUUCAACUCCGUAUUCACAGGCAUUCAAGAUAUCCAAGUCGGGCUCUACCUACCCGCCAACACCGACUUCGAUACCCUGCGAUUCGAUCUGGAUAAUGUACAACUGACCGUGGUUCCCGAGCCCAGCACGCUAGUCAUGUUCGGCCUGGGUCUCAGUGCGUUAGGCGAUGUUUCUUUCCAGAUGCAAUGCCGACGGCAACACCAGCAUGUGAAGAACGUUGCGCCGGCCAACCUCCUCUCACCUCAGCAGGGAAUUCUACCGCACGACAUGCUGACUCUACAGCCACCAUUCCGUGGCAAGGCAGCCACGGCCGGCUAG